UCCACGUCAGAGGUCUGAAGUUGAGAGAGCGCGUGCUCCAACACAACCAAAACAAUGAAAGCUAUCGUACAGAGGGUCACCAAGGCGACCGUGACAGUGGGAGAGGAGCAGAUCAGUUCAAUAGGACGAGGACUGUGUGUACUGCUGGGUAUAUCUGUGGAGGACACCCAGAAGGAUGCUGAGUACAUAGUGCGAAAGAUCCUGAACCUGCGGCUGUUUGAAGACGAGAAUGGGCGAGCGUGGAGUAAAAGUGUCAUGGAGAGGGACUUUGAGGUGCUGUGUGUGAGCCAGUUCACACUGCAGUGUAUACUGAAAGGCAACAAGCCAGACUUCCACUCAGCCAUGCCUGCAGAGUUGGCCCAGCCCUUCUACAACAGCAUCCUGGAGAACAUGAGGAGUACCUACAAGCCAGAGCUCAUUAAGGACGGGAAGUUUGGGGCCUACAUGCAGGUCCACAUUCAAAACGACGGACCUGUCACCAUUGAACUGGUGUCACCUACGGGCCCCACAGACCCCAGACAGCUGUCGAAGCAGGAGAAGCAGCAGCAGAGGAAAGAGAAGACGCGCUCCAAGGGCCCUUCAGAGUCGAGCAGGGAAAAAGGCGCUCUGCGUUCCCGACCGGACCCCAACGCCAGUAGUGGAGCCGACGGGGAUGUGUCAUCAGAGAGAGAGCCCUAGGUCAUCAAGAUGUCAAACUGGGGACAGAACAGUGAGCCCAGUUUCCUCAGGAAGACCUUAAUCCUCAGUGACUGCUACACCUGAACGUGGACUGUCCUCCUUCCUUUGGAAAUCAACAGGAUUCUUUUGGCCUGUCGCAGAGCAUCAUCCCCUAGCUGGUGUCCUUGGCUUCUCUCCUCCAGAAUCAGACAGGACUGGCAAGGUGUAAAGUCUAGCAAAGUAAAGUAAAGAAGCAAAGUCUAACCACAAGACGGUGCCCAGUUUUCUUAGAUUGAUGAGGGGAGAUUGAACAAGGGUGCAUAGUAAGGAAACACACAUCAGCAGCUCUGUAUUGUGUGGCGGAGCAGCUUUCUGUGCUCUCGUCUUUUUCCUACUGCCUUUCAGUGUUUCUACCUCCAUCUAGCUCUGUCUGUGUCUCUGUCGGUCUUUCUCUUUCAAAUUCUCCCUGCCCGUCUUACUCUCGGCCCACAGUUCCCACUUAAUCUCUGCUUAGAGACAUGGCACUGACCCUGGAGCAUAGCUCAAAGUCAUUGGCUUAUAGUGCAGACACAAGAACAUCAGGACAGCGAUAUCGGUGACAUCAGAACAUCGGUAACAGCCAUGAGACUGCCAUAUUGAUUGCACC